UUCUCUGAUAGUAGUAUCUUCACUCUCUUUCCCCCAACAGACGCCCGUGAUUCGUCGAUGCCGUUGCCAACGGCGUUUUAUUAUCGCAUCAUACUGUAGUAUUUUCAUUUCUUCCUCGUAUUUUUUCUGCUGAAUUUCGCUACUGCCGGGGCAUGGAUUUCCAGGGAUUCUUAAAUGACUUGCAAGAUUGGGAACUUUCUCGGAAAGACAAAACGCGAAAAAUGAAGUCGCAAGCACUGCAAAAGGAAAAAGUUGCCGGUGGGGGGACUGCAUCAAGAGGAGAAACUUUUUUUACAGAAAGUACUUCAGGGCAUUAUGAUUUCUCAAGAAAUAAAGAUUCUUUUGAUCAUGUCCAUAGUAGUUUCACCGCUGAAGAUGUCCCCAAUGCUGCUUCAGAAAAAGAACUGGGUAAUGAGUACUUCAAGCAGAAGAAGUUUAAGGAAGCUAUUGACUGCUAUUCAAGAAGUAUUGCCUUCUCACCGACAGCUGUGGCAUAUGCAAAUAAAGCAAUGGCCUUUAUCAAAAUCAGAAGAUUUCAACAGGCUGAGGAUGACUGUACAGAGGCCUUAAAUCUAGAUGAUCGUUACAUAAAAGCAUACUCACGUCGAGCAACAGCCAGAAAAGAACUUGGGAAACUUAAAGAAGCAAUGGAGGAUGCUGAGUUUGCUCUGCGCCUGGAACCUGAAAAUCAAGAAAUCAAGAAACAGUAUGCUGAUAUCAAAUCUUUGUAUGAGAAUGAAAUUCUUCAGAAAGCGUCUGGAGCUCUGGGAAGCUCUCUGCAGGUAACUCAAAAACUGGGAGAGUCAGCGACAAAUACUUAUAGGGGAACCGUCCAUCCUGUUCCAAACGUUGCUGAAAAAUCAGGGGCUGCUGACCUUCAAGAUCACACGAAGGGACAUAACAGAAUUAACAAGCAAGAAAUGAAGGCAUCCGUUCAACAUCUUGCUUCACAUGUGGCUUCUCGAGUUAUGGCUGAAGCUGCAAAAAAUAUAACACCGCCAAAUUCAGCUUAUCAGUUUGAGGUCUCGUGGAGAGGGUUUUCAGGUGAUCCUGCCCUGCAGGCUCGUCUGUUAAAGGCCAUAUCUCCUCAAGAUUUACCGAAGAUAUUCAAAAAUGCCUUAUCUUCUGCACUACUAAUGGACAUAAUUAAGUGUGUGGCAUCCUUUUUCACCAGUGAAGAUACAGCUCUGGCUGUCAGUUACAUUGAACACUUGACUAAGGUUUCAAGAUUUGACAUGCUCAUUGUGUGUCUUACAUCAACAGAUAAGCAUGAUCUGCGCAAGAUCUGGGAGGAAGUGUUCUGCAACGAGGCAACUCCAAUGGAGUAUGCAGAGAUUCUUGAUAACCUCCGAUCCAAAUACUGCAUUGAACAUUGACAUUCAUAGUGCAGGAUGGAUGUUAUCUAUAUGGCUGCUAUUUCUACUUGUAAAUCAUCAUGAUAUUAAAAUGUUUGAGCAUCAUUGACUCUUGAGGUUGACAAUUGUAAGCUAUUAGCAAAAGAAAAGGAUCCUCUUGCAAAUCCCAUAUAUUGUUUUAACGUCUUGUUUAAGGAUUCACCAUAUGUUGCGUUUCUUGAUAAUUUUUCUCUG